GUGUUUAUUAAAAUUUGUUGUUUUCUGUCAGCUCUUGCUGGCAACUCAGAUUGUCACUUAACAUAAAAACGACUGACAUAGAAAUACGAAAAUGAAAUUAUUCGUUGCUGGCUUGACGCUCUUGCAGCUCCUAUGGCAAACACUAGAGGUGGAGGACACACCCACACCGGUGACAUCCGGUGACAUCUCGAAUGUGACCCAGAUCAGCGGGGCGAACAUCAACAGCACCAUGCUCUCGAACGAAGUGGUGUUCCUCAACUUCUAUGCGGAUUGGUGCCACUUCAGCAAGCGCUUGGUGCCCAUAUUCGAGCAUGCUGCGACACAGCUAAAGCUGGAGUUUCCAGAGCCUGGCAAAGUGCAGCUGGGACGGGUGGAUUGCGUCAAGGAGGUGGCGUUGGCUGAUCUAUAUGAUAUACAGAAGUUCCCGACACUGCGACUAUUCUACAGGGGCCAGCCGGUACGUCGGGAGUAUCGAGGAUUGAGGACGAGCGAGGCCCUUGUGAAAUUUGUAAAGUCUCAGCUUCGCUCAGCGAUUAUCGAGUUCAAAAAUGCGGACGAUCUAGUCGUGAUAGAUCCCAAAAGGCGGGCCAUCAUCGCCUACAUUUUGGACACAGAGGAUCCGGCCUAUGCGAUCUUCCAAAUGAUGGCGGAUCGCUUCAAAAACGACUGUGACUUCUAUUUGCGCUUGGGGGACGAUCUGGUCGAUCUGGAGCACAGGCCAUUCCCCGAACAGCUGCCUGCUCUGGUGUUCCGUCCGGACAUCGCCCGCACCCACGGACAUGAUGAAUCCUAUGCAGGAAAUCCCUCAGACCCUUCGCAAUUAGAGCCAUGGAUAUUGGAGAAGUGCGUGCCUCUAGUGCGGGAGGUGAACUUCGCGAACGUGGAGGAGUUGAUCGAAGAGAGGCUUCCGCUUCUGCUCCUCUUCCAUUUGCCCGAGGACGGGGCCUCCAUUAAGGACUUCAAGGCGAUUGUGGAAAUGCAGCUCGCCGAUCAGAGAAGCAAGUUCAACUUUGUUACCGUGGAUGGCUGGAAGUUUGAGCACUCCGUGAAGCACAUGGGCCUGACUGCAAAGGACUUGCCCCUUAUAGCCAUCGACUCCCUCAAAUUUAUGUACCCAUUCACCAAAUUUUCCGACAUGUACAUACCGGGCCGACUCAAGCAGUUCAUGCAGGAUUUUAGCACCAAUCGAAUCCCUCUGAACCUUAAGAUGAUUGAAGAGAAGACCAAAGACUCUAAGAAUGCUAAUGCUCCCUCCAUGCCUGUGUCCACCUUCAAGGAGCUGGGUCCAUCCAAGCACCGCUAUUCGUUGCUCCAUGACGAGCUCUGAGCUGUGAGCUGCGAGCACUGUGACCUGCAUCCCUUUUGCAUUUGAUAUUUCAAUAAAGUUACAUACAAAACCUAAUCUACAUAGUACAUACCU